AUGUACAUCGGAGAUGGGAUUCGAAAGUUUGGGCUUCUCGGCUUGGGCCAUGUUUGGAAUCUAGAUGAUCAAGGCCUUGUUGGGCUAUCAGGGGUUCAUUCACAACCAUCUGGAGGAGAUCGCUACCAGAAAAGUGAUCUCUGGUUGGUUCCUUUCUUACCCUCACCGUUGUUUCACAGCUUCACGACCUCCGCCGUCAUCACAAGAUUUGAUGCUCAAGAUUCUCAUUCUCUCGAUAUCCACUGCACCGGCAACUCACAUUUUUAUCUUCAUAUUCCAGUUGCUUUUGAAGCGCCUGAGGUGAAAAUGGAAUUAAUUGCUUCAAAAAACAAACGCGUGAAAAGUGAUCUGGCUAUAGAAAGAAUCGAUGAUUCUAAGAACGUCAUUUUCACAGGUCAACUACCUUCAAAAAAGAGUGCUAUUGAUCUAUUGAUUUAUGUGUACAGGCACGAGUUUAAGAAAAUUGGAGGGUAUAUUGUGAAUAUGGAAAAGAGUGGUAACAGAGAAGACGAUUUGUUUCCUGUGAGUAGAAGUGCUUACAAUCAGAAGGGAUCGUCUGUUGGUUCUGAUGUUGGGUCACCAUACACCGAUAAAUCACCCAAUCAUCAUGUGCAAGCCUUGGUACUUCUCGCUGAUUAUCUGGAUAUAGAAGAUGCUUCCUCUGAGACAUGGAGCAAACAUUCCCUUCCUUUAGGAACCAAAGGUGGUUCAAGUGGGUCCUCAGUCGUUGAUUGGGAAGGACGAGCUGUUGCCUUAAAUGCUGGAAGCAAAUCUUCAAGUGCUUUAGCAUUCUUCUUACCUUUAGAACAAGUGGUUAAGGCUCUAAAUUUCUUACAGAAGGGAAAAUAUUCAUUUCAAGAUAAAUGGGAAGCUAGUGCUGACUCAUUGUUUGAUGGUAGAAGCUCCUCGAAAUCCAUACGAGACACUAGAGCAGUUGUAAGUUCUCGAGCUGCUGAAAUUGGGCUUGAUAUUCUAUCACAAACAAUCCAGGAUGAUUUGGAUAACAUAACUCGUUUUCUAAUACUAGCAAUAGAACCUAUAAUCCCAGGAGUUGACAAGCCCCAUAAGACGAGCAUUGUGUUUCAAUUAGAAGAAGGACCUAGGGUCUUGUUCGAUGCUUUAGCUGUGCUUGAUCUAAAGGAGAUCAACUUAUCAAAAGUAACCGUCUCAACAACAACAUUCUACUUAAGCAGGUGAGUAAUCAAGAUUAAGGGAGACUUGUAAUCAUGUUUGG